AUGAGUCCACCCCAAUGCAUGCGUCUUUGGUGGAGUCGAAUGUUCAAACCAAAGCAAGACUGCCGCUCAAUCUCGAAAGCUUCAACACUGUCCUCUAACCACUAUAUUGCCAACAAGGGUGCUCCUCAGAGAGACUGGAAUUCAAACGAUGAAUUCUUCAAAUUCACGCGGGGCCGCUUCGUUGUAGAUGAGGCGGAAAAUCUUCGAAGCAGAGAGAUUAGAUUCGACUUGAACAAGCUUGCGAGAAUUGCGGCAGACUCGGUUGGUGCCGCUCAAUGCAUUUCUAUCAAGAAAUACCCCGAUGGCAUGUUCAACAAAGCAUUCCUCAUGUCUAUGGAUGAUGGCCAAGAAGUCGUAGCAAAGGUGCCGAACCCGAAUGCUGGAAUUCCACACUUUACUACGGCCAGUGAAGUCGCCACGAUGGACUUUGCCAGAAAAGUCCUUGACACACCGGCGCCCCGUGUUCACUCAUGGAACUCGCGAGCAAAAUCACACCCUGUUGGGGCUGAAUUUAUCAUCAUGGAUAAAACUGAGGGUGUUCCGCUGUCUCAAGUUUGGGCCUCAAUGAAAUUAAACCAGAAGCUCCAAGUCUUUCUAGCUAUGACACGUCUCCAGAAACAAUGGCUAAGCGUUUCUUUCUCGCAUUACGGCAGCUUAUACUACGCGGGAGACGUGCAAUCACCAGCAGGCAGCCACUAUUUCAAAAAUGGAGAGGCUGUUAACGAUUCGGAGUUUGCUAUCGGUCCGGCUACAGGUCGAGAUUGGAUUGAUGGAGGCCGAUCAGCUUUAGAUAUCGAGCGAGGGCCAUUAUCUGCGAGCAAUCGGGGCACGAGAGACAAAGGCAAUUCAAUUUUUAAAGACCCCCAAACAAAUUGCUUUGUUCUGUGGUCCAAAAUCUACCAACCAGACAAGCACAAGAAGCGUGCUGCUUUAGCAUGGUACCGAGAUAUUAUCGAUGCCCUUGUCCCAAAUGACACUGCCAUAACAAAUCCAUGCCUCUGGCAUGAUGAUUUACAUGAUGACAACAUCUUUGUAGAUCCCCAUAACCCUGAAAAGAUUAUGGGUAUUAUUGACUGGCAGUCUUGUCACAUCUCGCCCCUCUUCAACCACAACCCCGACCCAGCCUUCCUGAGCUGGGAUGGCCUUGAGCCUGAGACGCUUGACCAGGUACCGAGACCAAACCUCUCUGGGCUUUCCCCAGAAGAACGAUCCGCAGCUGUGCACGAAUAUAGCGUCCAAAAUUUGUUUAUCGGAUGGCGAAAACUUAUGCAUGCCAAAAACCCGGACCUAUAUCGCGUCGUCGAAUUCCGCAAAACGGCAGCGUUUGGGUUAAUAUUUCUUGCACACCGUAUGUUCGAAUAUGGCGAGUCCCAUUUUCAAUCCCUUCUAGUCGAUCUAAAGGACACGUGGGCAGACCUUCCUGCCGUCACUCGCAACAACCAAUUUCCGUUCCACUUUUCAGAAGCAGAUAUUGAGCGUAUUAAACUGGACAGCGAUGGUGCAGUAGCAGGAACCGACCUCGCUAUGGGGGCCAAGGAGAGCAUGGGCGAUUUGUGGCCGGACCAAGGCUUCAUCGAACAUGAGCGAUAUGAUGAUUGCAGAGCCGCACUCUAA